AUGCAGGUGACGAGGCAGCUAGAGAUGGGGCCCACUGCAAGCCGUCCCGCAUUGCGACCAUCUGCCUCGAUUUCCGGUUCUUUCAAUAAGAACCCGCCGGGAGCUAGAUCAUCCGAGACCACAGGCCUUGUAUUACGCCCAAGAGCCAAGGUGAAUAUGGGCAAUACGGACGCUCGAUACACACUCCCGGCAGCGCCAAUCGACCGACGGUCACCCGCGUUGACCAGGAAUGAUGCCAAAACGCAAGGCCACGGUCUAUCAGCUGUUCCGUCGGUGGCCGUUCGCUCCGAACGUCUCUGGACUGGUCACAAGCUCACAAGAGACAUUAGUAUGGCCGCCGCCGAAGGCCCCGUACAAUUGUACAGCCCCAGAGCGACAGCCCUCACGGCUGCCACAUCCGCAUUGGGUGCCAAAUCGAAACAACCCGAUCCUAUAACCGGUGUUUCUCGAUUGGGGGAAGACCCGAGAAACAAUGCUUCAAGAAGCAUACUCACAAGACCGUCGUCCCCUGUAAAUUCCGAUCUCGAGCCAGGAGACUACAGGCCCAGGUCCGGGGUGUCUCCACGAUCACCAGCCAGAAGCAGUGCGAGAAAGGCGCGCCUACAAUCAGAGCACGACAGGCGGCUCGGCGAUGCUCACUCAAAGGGUGCCGAGACGCUCCCACGACUGCAGGCCACUGGAAUCGCUCUUGACAUGGACCAGGAUGAAGAGGAGAGUCUACAGCCAUUUCUGCUACCGUCCGAGGAGGAAAUGGAAGUACCUGGCUCCCCGGAGCGAUCCCCUGUUUCGGCAAGAGAGACGAUUGAAGUCAACAGCGCUGCUGCAGAGGCAAAGAGAGACCGCAAGUACGCCGACCUGUUGAUUACGAACAGGUCCCUCAUGACACUGAACAGACAACAUGAAGCGGAAGUGACGAGGAAGGACCAGAUAAUAUUGACAUUGAGACGACAGCUUAGAAGUUCUGGACAGCUUCAACGGGCUUCGGAAUCGAUGCAUGCCCCAGGACAUAUUCAUCCGGUGUCAACAGAUGUUGCCGCUCAUAUGGAGACGUUAGAUGACAUCGGACUAGACGACUACCUCGAUUGCAUCGCGCAGAUCGACACCGCGGUGACACGAGCCAACGCACGUCUGGAACUUAUGGUCGACAAAGGUCGACAAGCCUUGAGCGCAAUUAACGACGUCAGAGAUGGUGCAAAGGGUCGAGUGCUGGUAGUGCUAGAUGAAGAUGAUUACGCAACGACUGUUCAUGCUGAGUCAGAGCCACUACCCGAUGGCUAG